CUGGAAGGUAUCAGCACUCAUCCAACCUAGCCAUCAUGCCCAAAGCAGCCAAAUCAGGCCGAGCGAGGUUACACGACAAGGCGGCCAAGCUCGCCAAAGUUCAAAAGGGCGGCGGGCAAGAUGCUUCUAUUCCGGACGUGAUCAAUCAAGUAAACGAGGGGAUGGCCAUCGCCUCGAACUCGGACGUCAAGGGUAAAAAACGAGCCAUCGAAUCGAAAAUCCCUUCCACCACCUCUGGUCCCUUCUCCGGCUCUGCUUCUCUAUCAUCAUCGACGAACCACCCGUACAACCUCUCGAAGUCAUCACGCAAACGGCUGAACAAGAAGACCCGCGAGAACCUCUCGUUGGGGUCAAUGGCCGGGGUACAAGAUGCUCUGGGGUCGAUCUUGAACGACGAAGCCGGUCCGGGUGAAGACGACAUGAACGAUGGUAUCGAUGGUGAGGAUAGUGACGAUGAGGAAGAGGAUGGGAUGAGCGUAGAUGGGACAGCAUUGGGCAAGAAGAAACGCAGAAAAGGGAAAAAGAACAAGAAGUCGGCCACACAGGGGGCAGACGGAGGGAGACCCAAGAUUGGGGAAGGGAGGGGGCGGACGUUGAAGGAGAAACAGAGGAAAGAACAAAUCCUCUCUUCCCGAGCCCACGUCCAGGCGGUCCUCCAAAACCCGGCGUUCAAGGCGAACCCGUUUGCCGCCAUCAGGGAACACGCGGGGAACAGUUUGAUCAUGAUUGACAAGCAGGUCAAGGCGUGAUGACGAUCGUCGUCGAGUUUGAUUGGCGUGUAUCCAGGCGGUUACUGAGACACUAGUACAUUUGAGCAUAUUGAGCGAUA